AUGCGCCGCUGUCAAAACGAUCAGACUGCCGCCGCACUCGGCGGUCUCACCAGUGGGCGACAGCUUGAGCCCAGCUACAUAACGGUGCUGGCCGACUUGGGCUUCAUGGCCCCCGACGAUUUCGAAAGCGGGAGCCUCGUCGCCGGGGAUAACUUGGUCUUAAGCCAAGGCAGCAACGGGCACGGUGAAAGCGAGAAGGAGUGCGAACUCCGUGUCAAUCCCACCAAAGAUAUGGGUACGUAUGCCCGUGUACCCUUCGCCUCCUUCACCCCCAUGGCUGCAUCCCGUCAUCCCGUACGCGACUUUGACGACUUCAUCGCCCACUACCUUCAUCACCACCCUCGCCAAUCAGAAGCCGGCAAGUUGCGCGCGCAAAUUUUGAAACGCUUGUUGGGGCAGUUGCAAAUUAGCACGAUGGGGAAGCGGCAUAAGCAGUCGGCGGUGGGCGGACGGCCUCGUGAGAACAAGCGCGGGAGUUCCGUGAUAUCUCUCAAGGGACAAGACAAGGUGGCGCCUGGCGCUGCGUCCAAAUGGAAUGGACUCGCGAUUCACCAUGUUGACCACGAAGCAACGUUGGAGGAGCGAAAGAAGGCGCUCAUCGCAAAUGUCCCCAUAUUAAGCGUGGUGAUCGCCAACGGAGUGCCGGAAUCGGAUCUCAUGGACGGAUUGGUACCGCUGUCGUUUGCGGUGGAUGAACCCAUCAUCACCAAAGGCGAGACCGAUACGCGGCUGUUCUUUGUCGAAAGCGGUCGUGUUGUCAUUUCCAAGGGCGUCCGCAUGAAGAAAUACGACAACGGAGCGACUUCUUAUCGCGAGGAAUACGAGUACUUCGGUGAAUACCCUUUUGCAAUGCGUGGAGAAGCCCAACGCACUGCAAAUGCGGUGGCGGCGGGGGACGUGCGAUGCUUUUCCAUGGACCUCGCGGCAUGCAAUGUCCUGCUUGCAUCCGUCCAGAUGCUCCUGCACUACCGCUUCCUCAUGCGCGAGCAUGGCGUGUUGGACAACCUGAAUGUGUUUUCGGCUCUGAAUCCCAAGCAGCGCGGUCGGAUGCUAGAUUUGACGACCCUCAAGGAGUAUACCGACGGCGACUUCAUUUGCAAACAAGGCGAGCUCGACGACCAGUACUUUGUCAUCGUAGAGGGCACGGCCAAGAUUUGCAUCAAAACCAACGGCGUCGACGUCGAAUUGGUGCGCAAAACGCCGUUCCAAGGGUUUGGGGAGAUGGGAUUGUUUGGCAAAGCGCGCACCGCCGCUGUGAUUGCAGUGGGCACCGUGACGUGCAUUGUCAUGGACCGCGACAGCUUUGUGAAGGCGCAGACGUUUGUCUUGGACGGGGACGCCGAGUCGAUCGCCGCGACCAACGUCACCAACGAGUGGGAACUCAUGCGGCAGAUCGAAACGCUGCACGAGAACCCACAUGUGGUGGCGUACCUAACGCGGUUCAUUCGUCGGUUCAAGCGCAGCCACAACGCCAAGUUUAUGGGCAAGACGCUGUACACGGACUUGUUCCGGCGCGUGUUUCACAACCCCAAGCUGGCGCUCGAGUUCCCGAGCAUUUCACACAAAAUAGACUGGUUCGACGCGACCAGUGCCAUGAAAUUCAUCCGAUACGAAGCCAAACGCCUCAUGACGAGCCGCGACCCGUCCAAGCCCGACGCCAUGGCCGUGUUACAUGCUGAGGACCUGGCAUUUCUAGGUCGACUCACCGACACGUCGUCGUUGCUUGACAAGUUUCGCGUGUCGGAUGCCCCAAACACGCCCGAAGAAAAGUACGCGAUGGCCACGCAGUUGGCGAAAAUCAUGGAGUUUUACAGCGUCAAGGCGGGCAAGUACAUUUUCAAGCAAAACGUGGUGGAAGGCAAGGCGUACGUCGUGUUGUCGGGCGUGGUGAACAUUGUGCUGGAAGAUGUCACGAAUAACAAAGGCACGGCGCCGGCCAACAACAAUAUCAUCGCGUCGCUGUCCGCGGGCGACUCGCUCGGCGAAAUGAGCCUCGUGUCCAACAUGGCGCGAUCCGCGUCGGCCAUCGCGGGCACGGACGCCGAGCUCAUUUUGAUCGAGCGGCGCAACUUUGCCAAGUACUUUGCGUCUCGGCCCGGGUUCAAGAUCCGGCACUACAUUAUCGACCGCGCCGACUUUUUGUCGAAACUGUCGUUCUUUGCCCAGUACGACCACAAAAGCUGCAUUCGGCUGUCGUACGACAUGGGCGAAGUCACGUUUAGCGGCCGCCACGUGUUUGUAUCGGAAGGCCAUCACGCGUCCACGUUUGUGAUCAUCAAAGAGGGUCAAGUGGGAGUAUACAAGGCCCCACGAUCAACCGGAUUCGACAAGAAUGCUUGUCCGGCGGAUGGUUGCAUGCUCGUGGGCUUCCUCGGGCCGCGCGAGUGUUUUGGAAUGUCGUCGCUGCAGUUGGCGGCCGUAGAAGGCGCCACGUAUGUGGCCAUGACGCCCGUGGUUGCCCUCGAGUUGGUCGACUGGAAAGCAAGGCGACUCGAGUCCAGUGUCCAAGACCUCAUUCGAAAAAUACUGGGUAGUCGCGGCCAGUACGAAGCGCGAACGGCCGCAGACAUGGUCGCCAAAGGUACUGCGAUCCUGUGCAAACCCGCCGCGCCAUGGUGUUCCCUGGGCGACGACAAGAACAGGCUGCAACACCAUAUUGACGACCGGGAAGCACGACAUUCUGGCUCUAGUUGCACGAGGGUGAUGAAGAAUCUAGACGACGUGGAAAGUAAAAUCCAGAGGUGGCGGGAAGGGGGCGACGACCGAUCUCGAGACGGACUAGCAGCCGACGAAGAACAAAUGAGGAGUGCAUUGCCGACGCAUGAGUUGCCCCAACCGACGACCAGCCGCCGCUCUGUUCUCCUGGGCUCGUUUCUGUCCAAAACUAUGCAAAAUUUCCACAAAACCACAGGGAAGACCUUGGCUGUGGCCGUAGCACCAGCACCGACUGUGAAGUCCAACGAGAUACACUUGUUGGAAGCUUCGCACGCUCUCAAACAUGCAUUACCACAUAAAGGGAUAGGCAAGCAGCACCAUCCUCCUACCGGCAAGCCCAGCCGAGACCCCAACGAUCAUGUGAACAAGAACCAGCAGUCUCCAUGGAGAGAUGAACAAAGCAAAAGUGGCGCGGAGGACGACGACUGUCAAGAUAUCGAUCAAGACAAAGGUUUUGAAGUGGAUGACGACGCAGCCAGUCGCAUGUGGCAACUCGACAGAAUCAUCACGGACAAUUUGUACUUGUAAAAAACACUUACAGCAACCGCAACUUCACCACCACUACCCCAUAUGAUCAUCGUCCUCCACUUCCUCCUCAUCGCCCUAGGUACGACGACGACGCGGCAAUGCGCUCCAUCUGCGUCUUGAUCUCGAUCGCAAUGUCCAUGUCAGGGACAUCUGGCGCGAUGGCAGCGCCAAGCCGUUUCAACCUCGCGACAAGGAGCACAAACUUGCGCAUGCGGCCGUCCGUGCGGCCGUUGUUGGCUUCGUCCACAUCAUCAUCAAUCGCGUCGUUGUCUCUGUAGUCCACGACGGCGAGGUCGAGGUGGCUGGUGCUGCUCUUGUCGUGGCUGGUGCUGCCUCGAGUCGUCGUCGUGGUCGCAUUUGACAACGUGUCGUUGUGACGCUUAAAAGUACCGCCCUUGGCCGAAGAUGGCGGCGGUGGCUUCUUCACUCCACGAAGCAAACAAGCACGCGAUGCCACAAAGUGGUACGUUUGAUGGGGCAGCUUGGCAUCCCACGCCACGGCCACGUGUCCCGUGUCCCAUGCUAACCGAUACGUCCACGAGGCCGCGACGAAACUGGCAGAUCCGACGGGCGGCGCCGCCGCGGCCACCGUGUUAUGCCCCAUGUGCCGAACCAAUUCGUUCACAGGGGCAAACCCAAUGUUCGCAAAACUCGUCGACCCACCUACGUCAAUCGGGUGGUCAACUGUUUUCAUCUAGAGCCCAACAGUGUAUAUAGGAGAGGCCCAGCACAUUCCACAUUAUUCACAACCACCAAUACUGGUGGUGGUGUUUGAUGGCACGAGAGCGUGCCACGUCAUUCAUGCCGAGAGAUCAUCGACGUACCGUACGGCGACUGGGGAGCAUCGUGAGGGGCAAAGAAGCCAUAGUCGGCGUCGGGAAAGUGGCUCGCGAUGGAAUCCCACGUCCGGUCUGGUCGAUCAAAGAACACGUCGAGGCCGUGUAGGUGCAUGGGCACGGCCCAUGUGUGGAAGAGGUGGUCGGUGGCUUGGGCGGUUGCAAACAAGUGCAGCUGCCACGUGGCUGGGUCUACUUGAUGCAUACAUGGCACGAGUUCGCGGAUGCGCAGGGCGGUGAUGGCGAGCUCCCGCUGGUUGGCAUCGCCGCGCGGUUGCUGGGCGAGCUCGAGCAUGUGGCGGCAGAGCGUGGCGGUGGCGGGGUAGUCGACGGCGACGAGCUUUUCCAGGGCGAUGAGGCGCCACGAUUCGUACAGCGUGUACGGCAUAUCGAUGAGCGGGAGGAAAUCCGUUAGGCCGGGGACGCGGCCGGCGGCGUCGGUCGCGAGCCGCAUCAACAGCCGCAACUCGACAGAUUCCAUGUCGGUCCAGAUGAAUCGGACGUGGCCGAAAUGACGCUCUUGGUGCACGGCAAAGUACUCGUCCGAGGUCGGAACGACGGCGUGGAGGCCGUCCCCCGUCGGAACGGUCGUGGCCGUGGCAAAGACGGCGCCAAGGACAUUCAUUUGCGCCGCCUUGUCCGACCCGCUCGUCGGAUUCAUGCUCACAUAGUCGACCCAGAUGCCAAUUUUGCUUUGGUCGGGGCCUAACGUGGAGAGGUACGUGGCAAGCUGAGAGGCCUCGGUGGGUGUCAGGGGCACUGCAUAUGGCGGCUCGUUGUCACAGCGAACGGUAAAUGACUCGCAUCCGAGCGCCAUCGUGCGCUCCUCCCAUCGAUGCGACAACGCAAAGUGGUGCGUUGGGUUCAAGUCUUCAACUGCCACGCGGGAGCAUACGAUCGUAUGGUCGUCCACGCGAUGAACGAGUCGCGCUUUGGCUUUAGGAAGCAACGCCGUCGCAGAGGACGAAGCGGGAGAUAACACGGUCGAUGGGUCGGCUAUAAGUGACGGGAACAACGGCUGGAUGUGGUCGACGUGCACGCCUUCUGGAACUGGGGGGACGGAUGAGCAUGAUCUGGGAUCGUACGACGCUCGCUUGGUGAACCACCCCUUGACGUGCGUGGUAACGUUGUGGAGCAUGACGACAAACGUGGACUGACGCGUUGGAGCGGUUUUAAAGUGUAGCAACGCCACUGGUUUAUGGGACCGAAACCGCUCGCCGCGACGACCAGUAUUAUUAGAGUUUUCAUUCGUAUGAGCA